ACUCUCUCUCUCCUCUGUCUCUGUCUCUCUCUCUGGAGUCACCACCAUUACAUCAUCUGUUCUCACACAGCCAAGCACCGAAUGAGAAGCUUUUUAAUAUUUAACCGGGAUCCCGAUCGUUUGGACCGAGCAGACUGUCGGACGCACGCGCUGCUGAGCUGACCGCGGGGGGAUUAUAAUAACAACAACAUCAGCCAUGUCUGCGGGGGUGAUGGCGUUUCAAUGAGCGCGGGGGGAGGAGGGGGAGAGGAGGAGAGACGUGCACCGUCAUCAGCAUCUGUCCGCCAGCUCCCUUUGUGUUCACCGGAGGAUGUGAAUGGCGAAAGAUGACAUGGCAGAGGUAGAUUUGGCAUCAAACGGAGCGGACCCCCCUGGUGAGGCCUCCUCGGCGUUCCCCUACGAGGAGUACGAGUGUAAAAUCUGCUACAACUACUUCGACCUUGACCGCCGGGCUCCAAAGAUCCUCGAGUGCCUGCACACGUUUUGUGAGGAGUGCCUGAACACGCUGCACCUCCGGGAGGAGCGGCCAUGGCGCAUCAGCUGCCCCGUCUGCCGUCACCGGACUCCGGUGCCGGAUUAUCGGAUACAGAACCUGCCCAACAACACCAAGGUGACGGAGGAUUUUCCGCUCUACAUCGACUCGGACCCCCUGCCUCAGGACGCUUUACCCCCGUACCCUCCUCCCCUGCACCCGGCUCUCGUCGCCCUCCGCCGGGAGGAGGCGUCGGGGACGUCCAGUGCCAGCCAGGCGACCCCGUCUACCACCGUGUCCACAGCCACGACCCUCUCCCAGGACUCGGUGCGCUACGACAGCUGUCAGAGCUGCAAGAGAGUGGCUCUGACCACCGGCUGCGUGUGCGUGAUCUUCUCCUUCCUGUCCAUGCUGGUGCUGCUGUUCAUGGGCCUGAUCUUUGUGCACAGUCACAGCAUCCCCCCCUCUCCUGCGGGACCCAUUUGCUUGUCGGUAGCCAGCAUCCUGGCCAUGUUCUCGGUGGUCGUCACAUGGCUUAUCUGUUGGCUCAAAUACAGACCGGACCAUGAGACAGGCCGCUCCUCUGCCACCAGUAACUCCCGGAGGAACGCCUGACAGGCUGCAGGGCUGGAGCUGCUGGACUGUGCUGUGUGAUGUAAAUAUUACUGACACCUGAAUCCUGCUCCCUUUACUUUUCUAGGAACAAACCUUGUCCAGAAUGGCCUUUUAUCAGGACAGCAAACACCCACCGGCCUUCAUGUUUGCAGCAGUUGGCCGACAUGAUCCUUGAUAAUCUCUCCUCUCCUUAUGCACUUGAAUGCACAGCAGGCCCAGCUCACUGAGGAGGAGGCUGUCUUUGGGAGUGAGCUGGUCUCAGACUUGAAGUGGGGUGUUGGUCUGAGCUGAAGUUGGUGUGAUGACUGAAUGUGAAGUGCUUCUUUUCUGAGGUUUGGUACCCUCUCCACCCUGAUAGAUAAUAUGCAUAUCCCACAAUGCCACUCAGUGUAUGAUAUCGGUCCAUGAUGAUUCACUCUUGUAUCUCAACAAAGCACUCUUGUAUUGUACAGAUAUUUGGCAAUGUUCAUCGCUGAGUUUCCAGGUGAUGGCUUUUGGUUUUUAGGAGGCGUUUUUGUUUUGUGAGGAGCCUCUGGAGUGUAAUUCUGCUACAAAGAAGUCGUACCCACAAUCCAAACUGUAAAUAAUCUACAGGGAAGUUGUGAGUGCUUCUGGAAAGGUGAGAUCUAACCCUUGUGCUUUAACUCCUCCUACAGGUUGGCACUGUUUCCUUUUCCACAAAGCUUUACCUUUUUUUCAGGGUUUUUAGAAAAGAGAGCUUUUUGCUUUUGACCCUGGUUUUACUUUGUUCGUGCUUGUGAGGCUCCAGGAAAGUCCGACUUUCAGCUUUUACUUUUAUCUCAACAAAAGAGAUGUGGUGUUUUCUGAGACGCGUCCCUCACUUUGUUGUUGAAUGAAGCUAAACUUCACUGUAAUCAAAGCAAAUCCAUGCACAGGUCUCCUGCAGACACCCAGACAGCAUCCAGCCAGAGUGUCAGCAGGGACUUCCUCUCUGUGCCACAUCACUGACAAGUCAAAAAACAGGGUUUUCCAUCAGCAGGAGCUGUCUCCCCUCCCACAUUGGCACUUCUUUUUCUGAUUUAUGAAACUAUGGGUCUUUAGAUCAGGCUUUGAAAGCAGGUCAGUCGAGAUAACUGAGGAAAAGUUUGUCUGAUCUCAGCUGAAGUCCAACAUCCGCUGCUAGUUCACUCAUCUUCUUCUCUCAAAGCCACAUGAGGAUCUCAAGUAUCUGUUUCUUCUUAUCAGAGGAUAUAUUUUCUGCUCUUUUGGUUCCUCUGAGAUUGUCAGGAGUCAUAAUUACCGCUGGAAACUCGCAGCGCCGCACAAGCUAUGUGGCUGGAAAUACCAAGAUUUGAAAACAGCAGUAUGUGCAGAGGAAAAUUGGUCAUCCUUGCACUAACAGAUUGCAAAUAUCUAUUUUGGCUAAGUUGUACAUUUUUGAAAAGUCAGUUUUUAUCAAAUUUUCAGUCAAACUUUUAUGUCAAGUCUGCCUAAAAACAGAAACCUUUCAGAAAAAUCUGCGUCAAGUAACAGCUGAAAGUUAAGAUACGAUCCUCCUUUAUUAGUCCCACUAGGGGAAAUUCCCUUAAACCAAAAGCAGCUUAUUUCUGUGACUGUAAAUGUCAUUCUGGAGGUACAUGCAGUGUCGUUUAAUCGUUGCAACAAUCUAUACACCUAUUUAUUUUGUGAAGAUGGCAAAAAAACAAGUGAUGCCUCAGUCAUGGUGUAGUUGAAACCCUCGUACUAUCAGAUAUUGAUGCAUGUGAAUUGCACUCCUGGAUCCCUGAUCUUUCUCCCAGCAUUUGUAGAGAUUUCAGAGAUAAUUUGGACACCAAAGUGGUUGAAGCACUUGUUGCCCUUGUUGCACACUUGCAGUGUUUCUACCCCACUGCAUAAAAAAAAAAAAAGAAAAAAAAACAUUUUAGCUCUCUUCUAUCUGAGUCCCAUGCUUGCUUCAAUCAUCCUGCUCAACCUUUUCCCCCACGGUCAGAAGAUGCACUUUCACCCUCUUAUUUGACACAAGUAACGGGGUCUACCUUUGACUUAUGUGAGCAUACUGUAUUUAUUUCAGAGGACCUAGAAGAUGUUGUUGGUUUCUAUGAGAAUCUGUGGUUGUUGUUGAAGUACCAAAUGUAUUUGCACAGAGAAAUGUUCUUUAUGUGCUGUUUUACAUACAUAAACACAUUUCAGUAAUAAAGGAAACAUGACUAUC